GAGCCUUGCAAACGAGCACGAUGGAAGAUCAUAUGCGGAGCUUCUUUAAGAUCUUAUGGAGAAGACUGUCCUUACGCUGAGAUAUUGGCCAGCCAAGGGCUUCUUACAACAGCAAUGAAGUACUUGAAAGUUCUUGAUUCUAGUGGCUUCUCACCUGAACUUUCCAUAUUACGUGAUCGUAUUUCUCUUACUGCAGAGCCUGAGACUAACACUCCAGCUUCAGGCACUCAGCUUCAAAGCACUAUACCGUAUAAUCAGGGCUCUUUCUUUUGUAGUCUGCAACUACUUUACAUCGGAGCAUGA